AUGAUCACCAUCACAAUCGGCCUCCAGGAGUUCCACCAGAACAACGGGCCAGACUGGGAUGAGGAUGUGUGUUCCGACCUGGUCAACCAGAUUGGCAAACGGUUCGAGCAGAUUGGACGACUAGAUGAUCCACAGAAGACAGACGUCUUGAUGCGGGCCCAAAGUGGGGGAUUUAUCCGGUGGCACAUUCUGAGCGCUGACCAAAGGAUCAUAUCCUCAACACACCGGGAUGGCUGCAUGAAUGUAUUCGCUGCCUCAAUUACCAUGGAGGCAUGUUCGGGGGUGAUGGCCAUCGUUCUGGAAACGACACAACUUCGUAAGCUUGUUCGGGAUCUAGGGGCCGAUCUGGAGCAGCUCCGGAAGCUUAAGAGGUCUCAGGUAGCUGAUAUCUGGUAUGGACUUGAAUACGCUGGCUUCGUGGAACGCUCCCAGGUGCAAGAAGCCAUCCAGGAUAGCACUUCACCAGAUACGGAUGUUGCACAACCCUUUCCAUCUCUGUUCGCCGCCUACCUACCCACGAGUGAUCCCAGAACACCCGUCCCUUCGAACAAUAUCCCGCCAACAUGUAUCGAUCCUGAUCUCUGGAUGAGCGAUAUAUACAGUGAUUGGCUCUUAGGCACCACUGAGACACCUGACGCAAGCCAGCUCUUUAUGGCCCCGGAGACAAUUUCUGUCGGUACUCCUCUGUCAAUCCCCGGGAUGGUGUCACCUGCAGUAACUAUUAACACACUCGGACUCGAUGGAAGUGCAUCUAGCUACUCAACACCUUCUACUAUCUGUUUUGACUCUCCACAGAUGGGGGAGCGAACCCUUCCGGGGGUAGGAGCCACCAUGCUCAACCGAUCAGUCAAGAGAAAGAGGCUAGAUAGCGACCUGUCGAUGCCAUCGAAAAUAACGGCGGUCGUGACCGAGUCAAGACAGACAAUCCUCUACUUAUUGCAAUCUUGCGCAUUCUACGAAGCGGAUGAGCCCAAGAAGAAACGAGAUCGGAGAGUCCGGAAAAUCCUUGAGGCACAAGUCCAGCUUUCCGUGAAGGACCCUUGCAGAGUGCUUCGACCCCUGUUGAGUAAGUGGAACGACAAUAUGUCGCUCGAAUUGCACGCACUGGGACUUCCCACCGUCUGGAAAGGCAUAGAGGGAGCUGUGAAUUACAUUCAUGUACUCGAUACUCACGCGACGACGCCGUUUCUUGACCCCGUCGCGGAGCGAAUUGGACAGGUGUUGCUCUACUUCAACUACGAGGACCUCUGUAGUCAUCCGCAAGAGCACUCCCGUAUUCCUAUGUCAAAGCCGGUGGUGACAUUUGUUCUUAAUUCAAUACUCAAUUCCUAUUCUGAUGACCCUCGCAAAUCAAUGCCAAUGCAGUCUCGUCGUGAUAGGAUAUCGGGUUAUCAUGUGCGACGAGGCAGAUGGUGGUGGAAGCUUGCAGGAACCUUGGGAGUUGGCAUUCUGCUGAUAGGCGACAGUUCCCUGAUGAAUAUCAUGUACGUACCUGGAUCAGCUCACUCUAUGGCUCAAUUGACCCAAAAGUUCAGGUGCAAUGAUACGUUCAGCAAUGAUCAAAUAAAUGCUCUCGUUACUUUCGCCUCGCAUACUCGGCCAGGCACUAUUCGCAUCUUCCAUGCGUUAGAGCGCGUGGUCAAGUCCCUCAUGUUUGGCCAAGUUUCAGAUGACCUCCGGGCAAUUUUGAACGAUGAAUCUGGCUUCCUGGGGCAAAAUGAGCUGGCCCGUGCCCAUGUCGAGGAUGAAACGGCAAUAGCGCGUCAGCGGAUGGAACAUCCUUGGACUGAAAUUGAUACCGAGAAACAUGCGGGAGUGAAGAUGCAAGAAUUUCUCUCUAGGGCGCCGGAAACGUAG